UCAGAUGCUUUAUAACCAGGGCUGCAUGUUAGAAUCCCUUACAGGUUACAUAGUAAACACAAAGCAUAAUACAUAAAUUAUACUUACAUCUAAAUACACAUUCCCAGCCUCCCCCUAGCUCCUGAGUCAGUGGGUCUUGGAUAAGGCUUGGGAAUCUGAAGCUGACACAUGCUGUAAGGGAAAAACGAGGCGAAUGUGAGCCUGUCUACAACUCCAGGAAUCGGUGCUCUCCAGCAAAGCCUCAUGAGGCUCGGAAUCUGACGGAAGCCAAGCCCCGUCCUGGAAGGAGCACUGGGAGGACGGCACCUGCCUGCCCGCCUGCCUGUCCCAUCUCCGUCUGAGCCUCCGCUCCAUCUGCCUGAGGCUGGCGACCCCCUGGGGCUUGAGGAUGAAGCUGAGCCCACCGCUCUGGCCCCUAUCCUGCCUCCUUGUGUUGUUGCCCUGGCCUCUGGCCACUGCAGCAUCAACAACCCCUUGGCCGUGCCCACCCGGCGAGGAGCCCAACCUGGAACCAGGGCAGGGCACAUUAUGCAGGUCCUGCCCCCCAGGCACCUUCUCAGCUUCGUGGGGCUCUAGCCCUUGCCAGCCACACUCCCGCUGCAGCCCUCGAGGGAGGCUGGAGGCCCAGGUGGGCACGGCAACUCGAGACACACUGUGUGGAAACUGCCAGCCUGGGUGGUUUGCCCCGUCAGAGGUCCCCCGUGUUCCCUGUCAGCCGUGCUCCUGGACACCCCUGGGUACUCGCAGCUGUUACGAGCGGGGGCGACGGGCCCGACGUGGCGUGGAGGUAGCAGCAGGGGCGAGCGGCGCGGGGGAGACGCGGCAGCCUGGGAACGGCACGCGGGCGGGCAGCCCUGAGGAGACGGCUGCCCAGUACGCGGUUAUUGCCAUUGUGCCCAUCUUCUGCCUCAUGGGGCUGCUAGGCAUCCUGGUGUGUAACCUGCUCAAGCGGAAGGGCUACCACUGCACGGCCCACAAGGAGGUCGGGCCUGGCCCUGGAGGCGGAGGCAGCGGGGUCAACCCUGCCUACCAGACUGAGGACGCCAAUGAGGACACCAUUGGGGUCCUGGUGCGCCUGAUCACAGAGAAGAAAGAGAAUGCAGCGGCCCUGGAAGAGCUGCUGAAGGAGUAUCACAGCAAACAGCUGGCGCAGACCAGCCACAGGCCUCUGCCCAGGCUGCCGCCCGGCCCACCCAACAUACCGCACGUCUGCCCGCAUCACCACCACCUCCACACUGUGCAGGGCCUGGCCUCACUCUCUGGCCCCUGCUGCUCCCGUUGUAGCCAGAAGUGGCCCGAGGUGCUGCUGUCCCCCGAGGCUGCAGCUGCCACCACUCCUACUCCCAGACUCCUGCCCAACCCGGCCAGGGCGCCCAAGGUCGGGGCCAAGGCAGGACGCCAGGGCGAGAUCACCAUCUUGUCUGUGGGCAGGUUCCGUGUGGCCCGAAUUCCUGAGCAGCGGACUAGUUCAGUGGCCUCGGAGGUGAAGACCAUCACAGAGGCCGGGCCCUCAGGGGGUGAUCUCCCUGACUCCCCACGACAUGGCCUCUCCAGUGAGCAACGGGCACUGCUGGGAAGUGGUGGAAGCCACACUAAAUGGCUGAAGCCCCCAGCAGAGAACAAGGCUGAGGAGGACCGCUAUGUUGUCCGGCUGAGUGAGAGCAACCUGGUCAUCUGAGGGGCUGUCUCGUCUGAGGACACUGCAGCCCUGCCCUGGGAGAUUCCGAAGGCUUCCUGGAGGAGGUAGAGCUGCAGCUGAGCCAGUGAGGAUCCAGAAUGGCCCAGCAGACAGAACAGCCAAGGCCAAGGCCUGGAGGUGGGAGCAUCCACCCCAAUGAGGAGGCAGGCCAGCCGGCCGGCGGGUGCUAUGUACAGGAGCAGGUUGAGAGCCCCUCCCAUCCCUGCCGCCCAUUUCCUUCCCUGCAGGAUGUCCCUGACGCCGUGCCCUGCCCUGGCUGGAUCCUAGGAGCCCACAGGGUCCUCUGCACCACCAGGUGGCUAGGCCUCAGUGGUGGGGAGGAGCCCUCUACCUGGCCCCACGCCUUAGUGAUGAGCCACCCCUUGCCUCUGUAGAGGGGACCUCCCCCUCCUUUCUGACAGGUCCUACAAAGGGAGGGGUCAACAAAAAGCCAUGAGCUAGGAACCGAGUUCCUGGGUUCUAAUCCUGGGCAAGCCCCUGGCCAUUACUGGGUCCCAAUUCUUCUGACUGUGAAGCGGGGAGAGAGUGGCGUCUCCGUGCCCAGGGCCUUCCACCAUCUUGCAGGCUCUGGGCUGGGUCGUGUAGAGGGAGAGCUUGACCCCUUGCCACCCCUCCCACUAGUAGUUUUAUCUGGCCCCGUUUUUGCUGCUUCAGGGCCACCACCUUCAAGGCUCCCAUGGGGCUGCCCAUCCAUGGCUCUGCCUACAGAAGGGGCAUAAUGCACGUGCCUGCCGCUGACCCUGCUGUUUUUAUUGAAAUUGAAAAAAAGACUUGACCUGGGCAGGUCUGUGGUACAGAGCCCCAGCCUGCCCAGCCACCCACAAGACCUCAGGCGUUUUGGAGGGUAAGGGGUGAGGCCUCUGGCCUCGGUGGUUUCUGUGUCCCUGUGGUGUUGGUGUGUCCAUCCCCUGGCCUAGGCAGUGCGGGCGACUGCCCAGCCCGCGUCUCCACUCUGGCUCAGCAACCUCGUUAUUUAUGUGGGGCUGUGCAGGCAUGGGCCCACUGCUGUCCCCGUUUCUCUUAUUUAUUGAAACUUUGCUGUUGUCCCACCCUUGUGUCUCCAUGCCCAUCCAUUUGUUGAAUAAUAAAUGUGGGAAAGUAGUGUCAUGAAGAGCUUCUUUUUCCCUGUGCCUUUUCUCAGGUCUGCCUAUUCAGUGAAUAGUUCUGUGUCGGGCUCCGUGUGUGGGACAGGCCAUCCCUCCCCUAGCAGCGCCUGCUGUUUGGCAGGUGGACACCAGGCAGCAGCUGAAGUGGGGCCGGAGGAGGCCUCUCAGGUCACCUGGUUCUCACUGCAGGCCCUAGAAGCAGUGCAGUCCAACGGAAAUAGAGUGUGUGCCACGUAUGUAAUUAAAAUUUUUCUAAUAGCCACAUUUUAAAAAGUAAAAAGGAACAAGUGAACUUACUUUAAAUGAUAUCGACAAUAUAUUUUACUUAAACCAGUAUAUAUCUAAAAUACUUUCAUUUCAAUGUGAAAUCAGUAUAAAAAUUAUGAACCAUUUUUUUGCUUUGAAAUGUGGUAUGUAAAAUACACUUAAAGCACAUCUUAAUAUGAAGUAGCAUAUUUCAAGGGCUUGAUAACCACAUGUGGCUAGUGGCUCCUGUAUUGGACAGCACAGUUCUAGAGGAAGUGGAGCCUGGCAAAUGGAUGGGGUAAGUAAGGCAUAUUGAGGGCUGGAGAAUGUGGGAAGGGGAGCUGUGUUCCACAGAGAGGGAACAGCGUGUACAAAGGCCGGAUAGCAGUGAAAAUAUGAGGAGCUGGAGAAGCUGCAAGUACAGAGUGACUGAGGUGUGAAGGCUGGGCUGGGGGUGGCAGCAGAAGGCAGCCACAUGGGCUCUUGGAAGCCAUUGGCCCUAUGCCAGGGAUACCCAAGGAGCCUCUAGAGCAUU